AUGCCCGCCAAGUUCUACGUCGUCAAAGCUGGACGGAAACCCGGCAUCUAUCACAGCUGGGAUGAAUGUCUGGCGCAAUCAUUCCCUAUACUCAACGAAGCCAAAGCGUGGCUAAAUGGCGCCGACACCACAAGUUCCACAUCAUCAACGGCUUCCGGCAAACCCACAAAGUUCUACGGAGUGCACAAAGGCCACAAGCCAGGCGUCUACACCUCAUGGGCAGAUGCGCAAAACACAAUAACAGAUUUCAAGGGUGCCGUCUACAAAUCAUUCAAAACUCGCGAAGAGGCACAAAGCUUCUUCAAGAACGGUCCUCAGUUAAAGAGAGCAUCCGAGGAGCUCUCACAACCAAGCCCUCCAACAAAGAAGCAGAAGAAGGAGACAGAAGAAAACGAGGAUCUGGUUGAAUACAGUGCCGGAGAAGGUCCCUUGCCUGCAGGUGCUGAAGAUGGCUUUGAUCCGCGCAUCACACUGAACCCUUUGACUGGCAAGGUCGAGUACAAAGAGCCCACAACCAAGUGGCAGGCCGUCAACCUUCAAGACGACAAGCCAAUCAUCAUCUACACCGACGGCAGUUCCCUUGGUAAUGGAGCUCAUGGAGCUGUUGCAGGAGUUGGACCUCUGUCUGGUACUCGUCAAACCAACCAACGUGCUGAACUCACCGCCAUACAACGUGCUCUCGAGAUUGCCCCGCGUAAUCGCCCUGUCACCAUCUACACUGACAGCAACUACUCGAUCAAGUGUGUGACCGAGUGGUUCGUCAAAUGGCGAGCUAAUGGCUGGCUCAAUGCCUCCAAGAAGCCGGUCGAGAACAAGGAUCUGAUUGAGAAGAUUCUGGCAUUGAUUGAACAGCGGAAGAACAUGUCUCAAGAAAUCAGCAGCAUCAACAAGGUCGAGUUCGUAUGGGUCAAGGGACAUGCCACCAACGAGGGCAACAUCGCUGCUGAUGAGCUUGCUGUUGCUGGCGCGCAGUCGUAG